AGAGCCGCGCCCACGUGACCGCGGGCCGGGGCGGCAAUAUGGCUGCGCCCAUGUGCGCGCAUGGGGUGGGCCCGGAGCGCCGGGACAGGUACUGCUGAUCCCUGCUCGGGCCAGCAGCCCUGCAUGGAGCCGCGGGAGUCAUGGGCGGCCUUGGCGGCUGGUGGAGUUGCUGGUGUAUGUGUUGACUUGAUCCUUUUUCCCCUGGAUACUGUAAAAACAAGACUUCAGAGUCCUCAAGGAUUUAGGAAAGCUGGUGGUUUUCGUGGCAUCUACGCUGGUGUUCCUUCCACUGCAAUAGGAUCCUUUCCAAAUGCUGCUGCUUUUUUUAUCACCUAUGAGAAUGUGAAAUCUGUGCUGCCCCAUGGAUCUUCAUCUUACUUGUCCCCUGCAACACACAUGGUGGCUGCCUCCCUUGGGGAAGUGGUUGCCUGUCUCAUCCGGGUUCCAUCCGAGGUGGUCAAGCAGAGGGCUCAGGUUUCUCCUUCCUCCAGCACUCUCCGGAUCCUCUCCCACACCUUGUACCAUGAGGGUAUUCAAGGCCUUUAUCGGGGUUAUAAAAGCACCGUAUUGAGAGAGAUUCCUUUCUCUCUGGUACAGUUUCCCCUCUGGGAGUCCUUAAAGGCUGUGAAUGCUAGUGGGAAUGGGUACUGCCCUGGAACAGUCAGGGUGUCCCCUGCUGCAGGAGCACAGUGUGAGCAGGAUCUCUGGUCAUGGAAGCAGGGUCACGUGGUGGAUUCUUGGCAGUCAGCAGUCUGUGGAGCUUUUGCAGGUGGAUUUGCAGCUGCAGUCACCACACCGCUCGACGUAGCAAAGACAAGAAUUAUGUUGGCAAAGGCUGGUUCCAGCAAUGCCAGGGGGAAUGUUCUGGCUGCCCUUGGUGGCAUCUGGAGGACACAAGGCCUGUCAGGCUUGUUCGCAGGUGUUGUCCCACGGAUGGCAGCCAUCAGCCUGGGAGGCUUCAUCUUCUUGGGGACAUACGAGAAGACUCGGCAGCUGCUGCUCUGAGCCAGCCCGGCCGCUCCUGCCGGGGAGAAGCCGGAGGAGGAGCCGGGCUGGGAGCGGAGCCUUCCUCCCGCAGCCCUCCCAGCAGCUGUCCCGCAGGCUGGGAGCCACUCUCCCUGCUAGAGAAAAGUAAAUCCUCCAAUAAUCCAGUUUCCCAAACAUGAAAUUUUCCUGCAUGGAAAGUGGGUGAGGUAAUUGGGAAGAGUUGUGCCAAAAAAGUAACGUUUGGGGGGUAAACAGCUAAUUACGGUGGCUGCAAAAGGCAUUAUUAGAACUCCUGCAGGGAAAGUGUUUUGGAAAGCUCUGGCUUGGGGGCUGAGUGGGGAGGCUGAAAUAAAGCAAGUUUUCAUCA